CUACUGUAUUUAAUACAAGGUUCUGCCAUGCCUGCUGUACCUGGAGAUGCAAUAGCUGCAAGGAAGAAGAAAUCUUUUGGCAGCAUUCAUGAAGCAGUCAAAGCAGGUGAUGUGGAGGAGCUUGAGCUUAUGGUGAAAAGUGGAGCCAGUAUUAAUGAGGUUGAUCCAGUUCACAAGUUCACCCCUUUGCAAUGGGCAGCACAUUCUGGUAGUUUGGAGUGUCUGCACUGGUUGCUCUGGCAUGGAGCUGAUAUGACUGAUGUAACUCCCAGAGGCUGGACAGCUGCACACAUUGCAGCGAUCAGAGGUCAAGAUGCUUGUAUGCAGGCCUUGGUAAUGAAUGGCGCCAACCUAACAGCAAAAGAUGAUCGGGGCUGCACUCCGUCACACUUGGCAACUGCUCAUGGACAUUCAUACACGCUUCAGACUAUUCUUCGCAGUGGGGUGGAUGCAAACCCAUCAGAUAAGAGCGGUUGGAGAUGUGUUCACUAUGCUGCCUUCCAUGGAAGGCUGGGCUGCUUGCAGCUGCUGGUCAAGUGGGGAGCUCACUUGAGUGAAGUGGAUCAGAAUGGCAACAUACCAGCUCAUCUCGCAGCAAUGGAGGGCCACUUGAACUGUUUUAAGUUUCUUGUCUGCCAAGGGGUGAGCGUGACCCACGUAUUAGGAGCCAGGAAUGAUCAAGGAGAAACCCCAAAGGAUCUGGCACAGAGAUUCUACAAGGAUAAUAUAGUGCAGGACAUUAUGGCCAUGCAAUAUGAACAAAAUCACCCAGAUAAUCAAGAAAAUGUUGCAUUUCCUGCUCAUGUAAGUGCAUUCAAAGGGGAUUUGAAAACUCUCAGACAGUUAGUGGAAUCUGGAGUGAUCAACGUCAAUGAGCGAGAUGACGGAGGCUCCACCCCCACACAUAAAGCUGCUGGACAAGGACACCUUGAAUGUCUGCAAUGGCUUAUAGAAAUGGGAGCAGACCACAAUAUCAAGAACGAUGCUGGAGAGACAGCAAAGGAUGUAGCAAAAAGGUUUUCCCAGUUGGCUGCAGUUAAACUCUUGGGAGGAGGUCUGGAUGAUAAUUCUGAUGAAGAGCUCAACAAAGAUGAUCCUAGCUUCUUUGACCAGCAUGGUGUCGAAGGCAGCACAGACAGUCAGGGUGAUGUCAACUUGAAUGCCAGUCAAAAAAGAGAGGCAAGGAUGAGGGCCUACCAAAAGAUCGAACAAUUUGAACAUUUAUUGGAAGUUGCAAAAAGUAACUACAAACAACUUGGAGGUUUGCUCGAGGAAGAUCAACUCAGACAGAAAGAAGAGAACGAAAGAGACAGAAUGAUUCAAGAGCUUCAGGCCCAACUGGAGUAUGAACGUAUCCGCAGAGAGAAGCUGGAGUGUCAGCUGGAUGACAGUCGAGCAGAGAUCAGUCACUUGAACCAGUGCCUGGAAAAACUGAAGGUUUCUGAUGGCUCAGUGGAAGAUAAUUUCCAAGAGCCAGUUAAAGAGAAGAAAAAGAUCAAGAAGAGACAGGUAACCAAUGCCGGAGGGGUGUUUAUUCGCCGGAUCCCAGAUAGGAAUGUUUUCAAGGGGAAACCUCUCUAACACGGCAGAAUCCCUUUCCUCAGGUCUCUGGUAAAGUUAUGACAUCCAGAUCACCUGUGAAUAAGUUGCUUUUCUAAAUUGUGGCUAAUGUCUUUUAGAACCUGAGUCCUCAAACUUAUUUCUAUAUCAGGAUAUACUACAGGAAAAUAUACAGAAGGCAUUAAAAUUUAGCCACAUUUUGCAUUGACCAAAUUUACCAAAUGAUCACAAACAGGAUUUGAAGAACUAUUUGCAACUUCUGGUUAGAACUAUAGAAAGGAGAUUUGCAAUAUUGCGGAAAAUGCAAAGUGGAGAACAUGCACGAAGGUGUUUUGCUCUCUAACCUCUUUGUGAAGGAAAUGACAUCAAUGCCACUUGUUGCGCAAUGUGCGGACAUUUCCUGUGCGCAGUGCACAAUGCACAGUUUAUAUUGUGGCCUCUGCAUACAGGCCCAAAGAUUGGACCUAGGAUUAUAUGAUUGCCCUAUUGUAAACAUCAAUGUCAUAAUUCGCAGAAAUGUGGAGGUUUAAUCUGUAUGUGAUCCAUUUCCAAAUCAGUUCUUAUUUAAUGGGCUUUACUAGGCCCAAAUUCGACCUACUCAAGUCCUGUAAGACUAUUUUUGGAUUGCACGAAAAUAUAGCACAUUCUUAAAUUCAGCCUUGGUUUAGAAGCUGGUUUUCCAUAGCUUUUCCAAAUUAACACUAAAUUUAAAUAUGUUGAUAGCUAUGCACAAUCUUAAGACAAAAUGGUUUCAUAGGCAAAGUCCUUAGUGAAAUACCUACUGUUUGGGUUUACUUUGAGGAACAUUUGCAAAAUAGAAUUGCGUCUUAAAAUUCAACUUACUGUUUGAUUGAAAAUGUUUCAAAAUGUCAAUUUAUUAUUUAUUUCACAAACCAAAUAUGGCCUAUAGGAAUGAUAAUGAUUGCUAUAAUAAUUGUCAAUGUGUUGUGAAUUCUAGUGCUAAAUAUUACUUGCUGCAUUUGAUUGUAGUGCAGAAACCCUGCAAGGUUAAGUUGGAGUGACAAUCCUUUUUGUCAUUAAAAUAGAAGAUUUGUGAUUUCAUUUGCACGUUUUGAUUAAAUGGUCCUGAUUCCUUGUAAUUCCUUAACUUUGAGCUAAAAGCAGGAUUUCUUCAUAAGCCUUGAGUUGAAAAUAGGAAUUCUGACAGGAAAACUGGAGCAGAGUUUCUGUGAGAUUGCCUGAUGUACUCCUGAUUUCCAGAAAAAAUGUCCAUUGUAUCUCAAACUCCCAUUAAAACAAUCUUGUUUGAAACCA